UUCAUUCAAACUUAACAAUCUCCACAAUUAAUCAAAGCUUGCAUCAUUAUGAACUUUCUAAGGCGAACAUUUUUUGGAUUACCGCGUCAACAUGUGCCGGAUACUACGGAUUCUCUUCAGUCAAUGAUGUUUGUUGAUGAACAAGGAGAAAUUACAUGGGAAUUGUGUGAAUGUGCUGUUUCUCUUCCAAGCAAAAAACUCUUAAUUGGGCCUUGGUGAGUUGCUUAGACUCUUUAUUGAGAUUAAAAAAAUUUUUUUUCUUUUCCAGUAUUGCAGCCUUUAGCGGGAAAAACUCUUAUAAGAAUUCACAAUUCAUUCCGAUCACUUUGCAUAAUAAUUCAAAGCAUGAAUGGAUUGUCUUUAAAGUGCAACAUUAUGAACCAAGAGAUCCUUUUCUGUCACAAGAACAACUUGCAAAAUUUGAAAAGGCCUGUGUUCCUUUAAUGGCUUCUCCUAAUGUUGGAUUAAUUGGGCCCGGACAGGAAGCGGUGUUCAAACUUAUUCUGCCGGGACGGAAUAUUUGGCCUGUUAGUCGAGAAGCAACUAUCGGCAAAAUGAGCUACUUUCGUAUUUUACAAAUGCAAGUAACUGAUCCGUGGGAGGUAUUAAGUGCGUUUAGCGGUAAUAAUACUUCGCUAACAAGAGGAAUUAAACAACUCUUUGAUGCAUUAAAUACUGCUAGAAGCUGUGAGGAUGCUUUGGAGAGGAUUUAUUCUUGCGAUGUUCCUAUUUUCCUUCCACUGUGCCCUAUAAUUCUGUCUGAAACCAAUUUGAACGCGGGAGCGAAAGAUAAAGUUAAGAAAGAUGAACAAAACAAAGUUUAA